CAACACCUCGUGCCUAUGUUUGGUGUGGGGGGGUCUCUUCUCCUAAACCCUUUGUGCGUUUCCAACCCACUCUACUCCCUUGCCGUCGCUUCCGUUGGUCAGGAACUUAUUCGGAGAACAACAAUGGCCACUCAAGCUGCCUCAUUCACUGGCAACUUAAAGAAAGCUGUGGCGGGUAUAAAGCGUAUCAAUCUCGACGGUCUUCGUUGGCGAGUUUUUGAUGCCAAAGGCCAGGUACUGGGUAGACUAGCAUCUCAGAUAUCAACAGUGCUUCAAGCCAAAGAUAAGCCUACUUAUUGUCCCAACCGCGAUGAUGGUGAUAUUUGCAUUGUUCUCAAUGCUAAGGAUAUCGGCAUCACUGGUAGAAAGCUCACUGACAAGUUCUACCGCUGGCAUACCGGAUAUGUUGGACACCUGAAAGAACGGAGUCUGAAAGAUCAGAUGGCCAAAGACCCCACUGAGGUCAUCCGCAAGGCUGUCUGGCGCAUGCUUCCUAGUAACAAUUUGCGUGAUGACAGAGAUCGGAAGUUGAGGAUAUUUGAAGGCAAUGAACAUCCUUUUGGGGACAAGCCACUCGAGCCAUUCGUCAUGCCUCCUCGUACAGUGAGAGAGAUGCGACCGCGCGCAAGGCGAGCAAUGAUCCGUGCCCAGAAGAAGGCAGAGCAGGCAGAAAAUGGUGGAGCAGAGGUUAAGAAAGGUAAGAAGAGGACUCCUUCUCAAAGUGUAACUGCGUAGAAGAAAAGCUUUCACAGAUGUUGUUGAUUCAGUCUUAUUAAAGCAACGAUCAUAAUGAAGGGCGUGGUGGAUAAGCUUUGUAAGUUUUUUUUGGUUGUUGAGUGCCAGACAAUAGACACGACGGCCCUAUCAUAAAGCAAAGCAAAACCCUUAAACAUGGUCUCGUUUCUGGUUUAACUGUUAAGCUCUGUCUUCUUCUGCUGUCUGUCAGCCUAGAUAAGUGAAUACUUUUUGAGGAAUGUUAGUAGAAUUAAGCAUUUAUGCUC